UGCUGAGUAUUCGAUGCAGGCUCUGCUUUGUCCUGUACCUUCCCAUACCUCUAGUUUCCCCCUCCAUGACUCUCAGUCUGAUGAAGGGUGUCAACCCGAAAUGUCACCUAUUCUUUUUCUCCAGAGAUGCUGCCUACCCACUGAGUGAUUCCAGCAUUUUAUGUCUAUCUUCAGAUUGGUGACAAUUUGGACUCCAAUUGAAAUGUUGCGGGUUGAAGCAUAAUCCAGCAUGAAACCUGCAACUGCAAUGUGGGAAAUGCUAUUCAGAGAGUUUUUAUUUAACAGAAUUGAAUCUUAUCCCAGAGAUAAUUGAAAUUUAGUUGUUCUGUGGGUAGAUUUCCAAUCAACUUUAAACAAUGGUAAAAUAGAACAUAACAAGUGCCUCAAUGGACAAAAGUUUGGAAUGCCCAGUGCUAUUCCAAUCACUGAAGAGAAUUAAGACCCUUGGCCAGACUAAGUUCUCACAAAAUUCUUCUAAGCUGAUCAUCUUCUUGCCUGAAAAUGAUAAGUAUGUGAGCCUGAUUGUUAUUACUAUUUAUUAAUCAAACUGUUUUAAAUUGCUAAUUGCCACAGCUAGUUUGAUUUGUAGAAAAUAUGAACUAAUUACUUGUUACCCACUUACUAAAAUGUUCAAUGUUUUCUGUAAUCUUUAAAAAUGAGAAUUUCCAUACAUGCUUACAUGUAAAUUGAAGGAAUAUCACAGGCUAAAUAAGAUUUAUUUUCAAUAUUUGCAUUUUAAACACGCCAUUUAAAAUAUGCAAAUCUAUAUGGGUCCCUGGUGUAAUUAGAUUGGAAACAUUGCAUGUUCAAAAUGCUCCAAAAACCAAAAAUACUUUAAUUCAAAAAAGAACAAUGAAUUUACAGCACAAACUGGCAUGUUGAAACUGGGGAAGUUACAUUAUCAAAUUAGAAGAAUUUAUGUGUGCGUUCACUUUUGACUAUCUUCAAGCUAAAUACCACUUAGCUAAAUCUUCGACAAAGCAGGUGGAAGCAUUACAUUGGUAUUUAAAUGAUGGUAUCUGAUCUGAUGAAGAGUCUCGACCCGAAACGUCACCCAUUCCUUCUCUCCAGUGAUGCUACCUGGCCCGCUGAGUUACUCCAGCCUUUUUCUGUCUAUCUACACUACAGCAUGAAUCAAUCACAGAAUCAAGCAGGAUGGAAUUUUUAGGAAAGAGCUACAGAUGUGGCCCCUGACAUCGGUCUGAAGAAGGGUCUCGACCCGAAACGUCACCCAUCCCUUCUCUCCAGAGAUGCUGUCUGACCCGAUGAGUUACUCCAGCAGUUUGUGUCUAACUCCAGCAAGACGGUCUCUGCCUUCAGAUCCACUGGGCUUUUACCCCAGUCGGCUAACUGUGUGGGCUGUGGCUCAGGUGCUUUGUCUCUCAACCAGAGACGUAAAACUAUAACAUCUAGAUUGCAUUUGCACUCUAUUCUGUUCACUUGCAUCAGGGCGAUGGGUUGAACUGCCUCCCGGAUGUUUACAAAAGAUUGUGGCUCUAGUUUGAGGAAGGACCUGACGAAGGUUCUUCCUGACCGGGGAACAUAACGAAGUCUAUUCUCCAACCAACAUUACAUGAUCGAUAGUGGGCACGUGUGUGCCAAAUGACCGGCGAUUCCUGCUCGGCAAUCAUAACAUCGGAACUACUGUAGUGGCAAAGAGGUCUGAGAUAAGGUGCAGGUCAUUUUCGGAGUGUGAUCACUCUCUCCGGCUGGAAACAUUUACUACUCCAACCCGGUUUCCUCUUCGUUGUUUGCUUCUUUGAGGAUGAAGGUCCACGAGAAAUCUGGAUGCAACUUUGUGAUGAGCAAGGCGGGACCUGAGCUUUAAAAUAGUGAGGGAGACGCCCCGUGAUUGGAGAUACAGAGACUGUUGCCGAGUAUCCCCUUUUCCGCCCCACACACUCACUCUCACACACACACGGCUCUUUUAUCGCCCGGUGUAAGCUCAUCCGGAGCUCUGGCUGCGACUAAUCCGAGGGAGUCAGGCAUAGCGUCUGCACAGACUGGAGUGUGCUGCUCCAGUCUCCACCUCCAAACUGUUGCUGCCCUGUUUGGCCACGCUGUGGAUAUUAGGGCGAGGGUCCAGUGCACCAUCCCUUCCAUGGCAGUAUGAUCGUGUGUAACGGGACCGCGUUCAAAGACUGGAUCACUUUCCUCGCUCGCCUUUUACCCGUCGUGAACACCACGGCCAAUCUGGUGCAAAAGUCGCUGGAGGCAACGACAACGGCGGCGGCAGCAGUGAAUGCCAGCAACUCCACGGGCGACAUGGAGCAUCUCCUGCAGUACUCGUUCUCAGACAAUGAAUUGCUGUACAAGCAGUACAAGCCGCCGCCUCGGGACGCCAUCCCACUGCCCAAGGCUGUGCUCUACCUGUUGAUGGCCGCCUUGGUGAUGGUGGCUGUGGCUUAUGCUAUUGUGGGGCACCUCAUCAAGGACCUUGCCCAUGACUUUGUGGAUUGGAUAUUUGGACCACCUUCAGAUGACAGCAGCAAUAAAAGUGAAAUAAAAAGUAUUUCCAGCAGCUUGAAUGAAGUAGACAGCAAGCACCAGGGAGUUGGUGGCAAACCAGAUGAACUGGCAAUUUUUAUAGAAGAUAAUUUAUAUGUGCCACAAGUGACCUGAAUGUGACCAAACUUCAGGCUGGGGACACGAUAAAAUGUGAAUGCAGAAGGUUCUUCUUCAAUUAAUUAAAAACUAAUGAGUAGUUGAAUGCAGCAUCUGCUCGUAGUCAUUUCUUCCAUAUAGACUAAAGAUGAAUUUAGUUAAGAAGAGAAGAGUGGCAAUUUGAAUGAUGAUACCAUAACUUUGUAAUGAUGAACAGUGGAAAUUGUUUAAAAAACAAACAUAAUUGAUUCUGUUUCCCCUUUCUACCCUGCACUUGAGCACACGUGUACAUAUAAUAACCUUCAUUUUCCUAAAAUUCAAGUGGAUUAGGUCUGUAGAUAUUUUUUGCAGUCUCAAUGCCCCUUUAAAGUAUCAUAUUGAGAAUCAUAUCAUAUUGAGAACUAACCAUUGAAAGCUAUUUAAAGAAAACCAGAGACUAAUAUGUUAGGGUUUCGUCCCGAAACGUUGCCUAUCUCCUUCGCUCCAUAGAUGCUGCUGCACCCGCUGAGUUUCUCCAGCAUUUUUGUGUACCUACUAAAAUGUUAAUGGUGUUUCAAAGGGAGAUGGAAUGCGCUGUACUAUUUUUGAUUUGCAUCAUUUUAUAGGAUAUAUUUUCAAUAAUUUGAACUGGCUGAAUUAAUUUUGAAAUGUAAAUGGCGAGAUAACUGAAAAUAACUUGUUUUUAAAAGUGUGAAUAUACGAUUAUUGGAUAUACUGGACGUUAUUUUUUCAUUCAACUGUCAUUUUUAAAUCAAUUGUAAUCAUGCAUUUCAUUGUGUUAUUUGUUUCUCACGUCUGUUACUAGGUGGCGAAAAUACUUCACAAAAUCGUGCACCCACCUUACUGAGAAGUGGGAGCUUACUGUAAGAAUGUACCUGCGAUAAAGAUGUGAAAAGCACCUAUGUACUGACGAAUGUAAUAUAGUGAUUACAAACUCGACUGCAGAGUGCAGAGUGCAGAGUGCAGACUGCAGAGUGCAGAGAAGGUUCACCAGACUGAUUCCUGGGAUGUCAGGACUGUCUUAUUAAGAAAGACUGGAUAGACUUGGAUUAUACUCGCUAGAAUUUAGGAGAUAGAGAGGGGAUCUUAUAGAAACUUACAAAAUUCUUAAGGGGUUGGACAGGCUAGAUGCAGGAAGAUUGUUCCCGAUGUUGGGGAAGUCCAGGACAAGGGGUCACAGCUUAAGGAUAAGGGGGAAAUCCUUUAACACCGAGAUGAGAAGAACUUUUUUCACACAGAGAGUGGUGAAUCUCUGGAACUCUCUGCCACAGAGGGUAGUUGAGGCCAGUUCAUUGGCUAUAUUUAAGAGGGAGUUAGAUGUGGCCCUUGUGGCCAAGGGGAUCAGAGGGUAUGGAGAGAAGGCAGGUACGGGAUACUGAGUUGGAUGAUCAGCCUUGAUCAUAUUGAAUGGCGGUGCAGGCUCGAAGGGCCGAAUGGCCUACUCCUGCACCUAAUUUCUAUGUUUCUAUGUUUCUAUGACUAAUUACAGCUGCCUGUUCCCUUUUGUUGGUCCCUCAGUUAAGGAGAUCUGUCAUGGAAUUGCUUAUCAGUGAUAAGCAGUUGUUCACAUUGAUCAGUAUUGUGAAAUCAGGAGGAAAGGAAUGGUGUUUGUCAUUUGCUUGGAGAGAAGAUGGCCGCAAGGAUUUGGUGGGUUCUGUUGCACAUUUUCCUCUUAUUCCAAUAUGGCUUUCAGUUUAUUGGGCAUCAAUAAAGUCAUCGACAUUUGGACUGGACAUCUCUGACAGCCAACAGACCCGGUAGUAAGACACACUAAUUAUGAUUCACUAAACGUUUUCUGCUGAAUAAAACCAAGUUUGCAAUUUACACAGGAUAGAAAUUUUAAUAUCAUAAACAAUUUUGCAACAAUUCAUCAAUUCAUCAGUAAUUUUAACAUAAAAUUUUACCGUAAAAUUGCGUUUAAACUCAAUUUACCUUAUUCAACAAAUCUCAUUCGUGAGAAUAUAUACUACAUGUAACCAUAUAACAAUUACAGCACGGAAACAGGCCAUCUCGGCCCUACAAGUCCGUGCCGAACAACUUUUUUCCCUUAGUCCCACCUGCCUGCACUCAUACCAUAACCCUCCAUUCCCUUCUCAUCCAUAUGCCUAUCCAAUUUAUUUUUAAAUGAUACCAACGAACCUGCCUCCACCACUUCCACUGUAAGCUCAUUCCACACCGCUACCACUCUCUGAGUAAAGAAGUUCCCCCUCAUGUUACCCCUAAAUUUCUGCCCCUUAAUUCUGAAGUCAUGUCCUCUUGUUUGAAUCUUCCCUAUUCUCAAAGGGAAAAGCUGAUCCACAUCAACUCUGUCUAUCCCUCUCAUCAUUUUAAAGACCUCUAUCAAGUCCCCCCCUAACCUUCUGCGCUCCAGAGAAUAAAAACCUAACUCAUUCAACCUUUCUCUGUAACUUAGUUGUUGAAACCCAGGCAACAUUCUAGUAAAUCUCCUCUGUAAUCUCUCUAUUUUAUUGACAUCCUUCCUAUAAUUGGGCGACCAAAAUUGUACACCAUACUCCAGAUUUGGCCUCACCAAUGCCUUGUACAAUUUUAACAUUACAUCCCAGCUUCUAUACUCAAUGCUCUGAUUUAUAAAGGCUAGCAUACAAAAAGCUUUCUUUACCACCUUUAUGAGAUUCCACCUUCAAGGAACUAUGCACGGUUAUUCCCAGAUCCCUCUGUUCAACUGUAUUCUUCAAUUCCCUACCAUUUACCAUGUACGUACUAUUUUUUUUUUUGUUUUUUUUUGUAUACUGUAUGUGUUACUGAAUAUUACAUAUUGUAUGAAUAAUAAUACUGAUUUUGUUCUAUUAUCAUUCUGCUGUAAAUUCCAGGUCAUUGUAAUUUAUAAUUCUGCAUAAAAUAUUUAACAUGUUGACGAUGCCAAUUCUGUGUUGAAUAAAUCAAGAAAAUCUGAACAUAAAAAGGCCUAAUGCCAAACAUAUUUUGUUUGUUAUGGAUUGCUUCAAUGCUUUCUUAGUUUCAACAUUUCACAAUAGUUUGCUCUGUUAGACUGUGCAAUGAUUGUAUUAGCUGUGCAAUUGCAAUGUAGCAAAUCAUGAUGAUGAAUUAAAGUACAUUGAGCAUUCUAGUUCCUUCCCACAAAAGGCAUCUUUAUAGAAAAAGUGCAGACCUUUAGAUUAAAUAUUGCAUCUUAUCCUUAAUUUCCUAAUAUACAAAUAGGAUUAAUUUAAUAAAAAAGAAAAAUUAUUUCC